UAUUUGUUGUAACACAGGAAGAAUCUCUCUACAAUCAUACACUGCACAUGGGACUGUGGAGAUUGAGUCUUAUCUACACCAGGCAACAGUAACACUGGGGUGAUUGGAUGUACCUCCAUGGAGGAAGAAGACGACUGUCCAGAACUUGUCCCUAUAGCUGAUAUUCAACAAAGUGGUCAGUCUGGGGAUAAAAUACCAGUCACCAUCAUCACAGGUUACCUUGGUGCCGGAAAAACAACCCUUUUAAACUAUAUUUUGACUGAACAACACAACAAGAGGAUUGCCGUAAUUGUCAAUGAAUUUGGAGAAGGAAGUGCUGUGGAGAAGUCUUUAGCAAUCAGUCAAUCUGGUGAGCUGUAUGAAGAAUGGCUGGAACUGAGGAAUGGCUGCCUAUGCUGCUCAGUAAAGGAUAAGGGCUUGAAAGCCAUUGAGAAUUUAAUGCAGAAGAAAGGAAAGUUUGACUAUAUAUUGCUGGAAACGACAGGCCUAGCUGAUCCAGGUGCAGUGGCUUCAAUGUUUUGGGUGGAUGCAGAGCUGGGCAGUGACAUAUAUUUGGAUGGAAUUGUGUCAGUUGUUGAUGCCAAGUACGCCUUGCAGCAUCUGGCAGAAGAGAAACCAGAAGGCCUUAUUAAUGAAGCGGCAAGGCAGGUUGCAUUGGCAGAUGUUAUAAUUGUCAACAAAACAGAUUUGGUAUCACAGCAAGAGCUAGAAGAUGUGAGGUUUGCUGUUAGGUCAAUUAAUGGAAUUGUCAAAAUGUUGGAAACCCAAAGAUCCCGAGUGGACUUAACAGAAAUCCUAGAUUUACAUGCUUUUGACAGCACAUUUGGGGGAAGUUUACAAGACAAAUUGAUCCCGGUGGCGUCUCACCCACAUCUUGAUAAGAGUAUUGUCACAGUCACAUUUGAAAUUGAUGGAAAUGUGAAUGAGGAAAAAUUUAACUUAUUCAUUCAGGAUUUGCUUUGGGAAAAAAAUAUAAAAGACAGUAGUGGCAACACCAUGGAGGUCAUACGAUUAAAGGGAUUGAUCUCUGUCAAAGAUAAAGCUCAUCAAGUGAUUGUACAAGGUGUUCAUGAGUUAUAUGACCUUGAGGAAACACCAGUGAUCUGGCAAGAGGACUCUCAAAGACUGAACCGAAUGGUGUUUAUAGGUAGACACUUGGAUAAGGAUAUCCUAAGAGAGCUCUUCUUAGCAACAGUAAAUGUGUGACUGUUUCACAAGCAUGCCACCCUUGGAUUGAAUAAAUUGAUUACUGGCAAUAAAAUAAUGGAUGUAGUUCUUCAUCCCUCAGUCAUGUUUCAUGACUACACUUGAUCUUUGUUAUUGUGUAAAUUACAAUUAAAUAAACAGGUUAUUGUUUAUGCCUUAGAA